AAACAUAUUUUGUUUCAGAGACUUUCAAAUUAUAUCGAGGAGGUAAUGGGAGAUUAUACAGUACUGAAAACCAAUCGAAUUAUGCCAUGGAAGAUUGAGUUUAUCAAUGAUGUUUACAAUACUUUGGGUUUAGCUUUAUCCGAACAAUAUGUUGUACCUAAAAACUUUCGAAUCGGUGACAAAAACCCAGUUCUGCAAUUAUUGCAUUAUAAUCCGCAUAAGGUUAAAGAAAUAAACACAUUUGUUUUCGGAGAUCGAUCCACACAUCAAGAUCAAGAGUCAGUGGACCCCACAAUUAUAAAAUCCAAACGACUGAUAUCUCGCUUGGAGAAACGCAUGGUAUUUUCUAAAUAUUCGAUUGAAAAAGCGUACUUACUUCAUAAAAUCGCAUGCAUUCAUCUUCAGUCAAAUCACUAUGACGAGUGUUGUUUUGUUGCUCGCAAAGCGUUGCAGGAAGCAGAGCUAUGCAACAGUAAUAUAUGGAGUUUCUUAAGCAUUAUUAUCACUGUGAAGUCGAAUGCAUCUUUAAAUAAAACUGAAGGUAUAAGUGAAUCUUUGAAAAAAGCACUUUUAAUUGCUGAGAAGCUUCAAUCACCACAAAUAAUCGAAUUUGUCGAAACGUGCAUUUCUGGAAAUGAUCGUUUUUCUUGUGUAAGAGGCAUCGAUAGUCGUCGAGAAAGCAAAGCACAUACUCGGAAGUCUCUCAAUUGAUCUCUUGUACUCCAUCAAAAUUUGCAGUAUUCCAAAUUAUUCGUUUUUAAAAUAAAAAAUCUUUGAUAUUC